GUUCUCCCCUAAUUGGACCAUUCAUUACACUUCUUAAAAAAAGAAAAGAAUCUCACUUUUUAGCCGCUAAGGAAAAGUGCCUUAUAAAUCAAACAAACAGGCUUACGGGGAAUCAUCUUCUUCCUCUCCCUGUCACGCCCGAGUUGCAGACUUGUUUCGGCAAAAGAAUCUCUCUCUCUCUCUCUCUGAUCCUAAAAGAAAGCUUAAGUAGCUAGUGGAUCUUCACUCAUGACCACAUGGGCUGCUUUCAUGGCGAGCUGGUUCACACCAACCUCUCUCUUCCUCCUCCUCCUCAAUCUCGUGGUAGCCACUAUUGUCAUCAUCUCCCGUUUCAGUGCCUCCAGAAACCACACAGUCCAACUGGCCCAAGCCCCCUCACUCAUAGAUAGCGUCAAGUCCGUUAACUUUUCUCUCUACAAGUUUCCUCCACCUGAUUCCCGAACUCAUUUGUUUCCACCCAGUGAAGCUGAGAGCACAGACCCAGUCAACCCGCCUCCACUCGUCCGAGCUCCUUCGCUGUUAGAUCGAGUCAAGUCCAUCAAUUUCCUCAACUACAAGUUCCACGAGUACAACCCAGAAGACCAUUUUACUCAAUCCGCCGAACCGCAAUCCACCAGCCCACUCGACCCCCCUCUGAUUGCCCCAGCUCCGUCGCUUCUGGACCGAGUCCAAUCUAUCAACUUCCUCCACUACAAAUUCCCUCAAUACAACCCAGAAACCGAUUUUAUUCAGCUAUCGCAACGCGAAGUUGAUCCGCCGCGACUCUGCAGUGCUCCAUCUCUCUUGGAGCGAGUCAAGUCCAUCAACUUCUCAUCUUUCCACAGAUCGGAAAGACCCGAGACAGAAAAGAAGUUCCUGCCGGAAACAGAACCAAACAAGCAGUGUACAGAUCCGGGAACGGGUAAGGAAACAGAGCAAAAUCCGAGGAGGAGAAAAUCGAGGGGAGAAACAGCAAAGAUGAAUAAGUCGGCUAGCGAGAAGUCUCGUCUGGGUCGAUCGAGCGAAGAGGAGGAUGCGGAGAUGGUGGAGAGAAGGAGGCCAACGACAACGAGGGUGGAUAAAACGUCAUCGUUUGGGGAAGAUGACCACGGCGUUGACGCGAAAGCCGAUGAUUUUAUCAACAGGUUUAAGCAGCAACUAAAGUUGCAGCGAUUGGACUCAAUUUUGCGAUACAAGGAGAUGCUCAAGGGAAAGUGAAUAGGCCAUUGGUUCAUGCCAAAAUCCUAAUUUGGUUAAAUGUGAUACUUUAUAAUAUUUAGAUUAGUAAAUUUCUCUUUUUUU